CCGGGAUAUCAGUAAUCAUACCACGCUAUUCGUUAUUGGGGCGACAGGUUAGCUCGCCCCGCGCCAACUCGACGUCUCUUGUUGCCAGGCAGUUGCUACAUCGUCGUCUCCAGAGCAUCAGCAGGCAUGGCGGAACCGAUGAAUGACAAAACCGGUUCUGUGUCGAAACGAGACGAAGAGAAAUUGUACGAUCGCGCCUCACACGAACGACAUGCUGAGAGUGGAGAGAGCAACGAAACGGGCAAGGUAUAUCCAGAGAAGGGAGUGAAAGAAUUGAGAUUGCAGUUUCCUCGUGGAGAACAGAUUGUGCGCAUCGAUGAAACAAGAGCGGGAGAUUAUGACGAGCUCUAUCAUCGCCUUCUAGACGCCGCUUCUGCUUCAGAACUUGCUGGAGGAAUGAGAGUAAAACGCUUUGUAUUGCCUCUGUCUGCAACACAGAUUAGCAUCUUGCCUAACGGAGCUAUCAUUGUGCCUGAGAUGGAGGCAGCGAGUGAGCAUCCUUCAGAGCUUGUCGCGUCGCCCGUCUUCAAUUUCUCGGCGUCUUCCGAUGCUUUGGCUGAAGUGAAUCACAGUCUGCCUAGCGACAUGAAAGCGGCUAUGGCCGGCGUCGAAGAUGUGGACACGACUGAUAUAGCAUUGAGAGUACACGAUCUACUCGCUACACAUCAUAUCAGUCAAGCUGUCUUUAGUGAGCACAUUGUUGGACUGACACAAGGAGCGCUCAGUAACCUUCUCAAUAAACCGAAGCCGUGGCCGAACUUGCAAACGAUAGGCAGACAGCCGUAUCUUCGUAUGAAAUUGUGGCUUGACAACGAGGGUUUCGACAAACGACUGGCUGCCUUGCUGAAAAUACAACAUGACAAGCGUGGUCAUCGCAAACGACCUGGUCCUAUGCCAGGCAGUGGUGGAGGCGCUGCUGGUCAGAGUCCGUCCAAGAGAACGCGACAUGUUCUCUCUGAAGAUCAAAAGAAAGCACUAAAUGGUAUGUAUGCAGAUAAUCCUAAGCCAAGCAGAACGGAGAUUGCUGAUAAAGCGGAGGAAUUGAGUUUACCAACAAAUACAGUUCUCAACUGGUUUCAUAACCAGAGGGCAAAAGCUAAUAGACUAAGAGCUGAAGCUUCAUUGAAUGAGUCACAUGACAGUGUGGAAGAUAUGAAGAUAACGAGAUUGCAAGAUAGAGAAGAAACUGCAGGACAGAAGAGAAAUAAUGGAUUGGAGAGCUGUGAGACAAACGAGAGUGAAGUGAAACCUGUCGAGAGCAAAGAAAAUGCAGUCGGAAUGACUACAACUGGAGAUAAUGCAGUGGGAGAGUUAUGAACCUAACUAACAUAAUGAGGCCUUUUAUCUAUUUUCAAAUUAGGAGUGGCCACAGCUGCUGUUUCUAGACUGAACUUAAAACAGAACUAUUGGAGUAUUGGUUAGUUGAUGUCAGCAGUUAGUACCAGUGGCCACAGCCUUGCACCAGAACAUAUAUGUACUAUAGGUCACAUA